GCAAUUUCAACUGUAACACAACACGUCAUUGGGUUUGGGCUUUUUGCUAGUCUUGAUCUCGUUUAAAUGGCAGGGGACGAAGCAGCCGGCGUCAACCUCAGCAGGAAGUUUGUUUCUGAAGCAGAGCUUGAUGAGAGGAGAAAAAAGAGACAGGAGGAAUGGGAGAAAGUCAGGAAACCUGACGACCCUGAGGAGGCCCCAGAGGAGGAGUAUGACCCACGUUCUCUCUUUGAGCGACUCCAGGAGCAAAAAGACAAGAAACAACUGGAGUAUGAGGAGCAGUUUAAAUUCAGGAACAUGGUGAGGGGAUUGGACGAGGAUGAGACCAGUUUCUUGGACGAGGUCUCCCGGCAACAGUGUCUGGUUGAGAAGCAACGGAGGGACGAGGAGAAGCAGGAGCUGCUGGAAUAUAGAAGCGCUUUGAUGAAGCAAGCAGCCGAAGAGGGUCGCAGAGAGCCCGACAAAAAGGCCACAUCUAAACCUUUAGGAGCAGAGCAAAGGACCAGCCACCUGUCUCAGGCUCAUUUAUUAGCUGGAGCUGUCAAGAGACGCAGUUCUUCACAGUCAUCAGACAAUGGGAAGAAACAGAAGGUGGAAAUCACUACAACAGCAGAAAGUGGAGAUAGACUCACAGAACAGGCGGGCAGAGCAGGAGGGGGUACAGGGGAGACUGAUGAUCAACGGGCGGUCCCCGGCCUGACAGCGAAGACACCGUCAGCUCCCCUGAGCGCCAGUCAGGGUGUGUUACACCUGCCAUCAGCAGCUGUGUGUGUCGGCGUUUUACCGGGACUCUGUGUUUACUCUGGCAGCAGCGACUCCGACAGCAGCUCGGACAGCGAAGGUAGCGUGGACGCAAUCAUGCCGCCUUUAAGCCGAGCAACCAAUCCCGCACUGCCUACCCCGACGACAUCCUGUUCCCCCACGCUCCCCUCCCAUCCCCAGCCACAGCGACUGCAAGCUGUACUAUUGGCUGAAGGAACAGUGAUUGACAGCUGUGGAGCAAGGACGAGACGCUUUAAACUGUCACAUGACUCACACCUUUUAGCUUUCAGCAGCACAGGAGUGAGAGCGCAACACGCUCAUCUCAUUUUUCCGUUGCUCUUGAUCCUUCAUUGCAGGGUGGGAAUGGUUUGAAAAUUAUUUUAUUUGUGACAUGUAGAUCAGUAUUUUGUUUGAAAUUCUUUCCUGGAAGAUGCUGGACUGUUUGUUGCUGUCUCAGACGUUUGGAGUGUGUUUCGUUUGUCAAAGUCUGAACAGGAAAAUAAAGGACUUGCUCUUG